CUAGUACUAUGGACAAGAGGGCUGUAAACAGCCUUGGCACUAGAGAGCUGGCUGCAGAGCUCUGGGUACCAUUCCCUUUAUCCAGGUUUCUGAUUGUCCUUGCUAAGGGCUGUUUAAUAGCUCUGGCAUUUUUUCUUUUCCUUACACUUCAUGUUAGCACCAUUUCCUUUCCUCCAUGUCAGACUGGAAGUGGUACAGCAGCUGGUACAACAAAUAGUUGCGUCACAACCUCUUCUAGAAACUUCUGCUGAGUUGAUGGCCGUUCUUCCUUUCAUUUGAUGCUUCCAGAGACUGCAUCCAACAUCCAAUAAAAAGAUAAAUUUCUGUCACUGGUCAAUGCAUCGCAUGUAUUCAGCAGGAGCAGAAAUCAAAGAAGGUCACUGCGGUUAAAAAGAUGUAAUGAUGGAGUUUAUUUCGGAGGCGUGGCUGAUGUUCUGGAAAUAUCUGCAACCAAUAUCUUCUGUAAGAGGAGCUAUGGAGCCUUCAAUAUAAAUUGAAGGCAGAAAUCAAAGGGCAAAAGGGGCGAGUGAAUGCAAUUUUGUAUUUUGGUUUUUAAUCUGUUUUUCAGCUGGUUCUGCUCACAUACAGUGACUGACCUGAGCUAGGCUGCUGCAGCCUUUCCCGUUACAUUAGCAAGGCUCUUGACCCUGAUACUGCAUCUAAUUUUGCUGGGUUGGGUGGCUGGCUGGGGAGCUGCCAUCUAAUCUGCUCCUUGUUGUCCCCUGCAGAUCUUCCACAUGACCUACGAUCUGGCCAGUGCUGUGGUGAGGAUCGUUAACCUGAUUGGGAUGAUGCUGCUGCUGUGCCACUGGGAUGGCUGCCUCCAGUUCCUCGUGCCUAUGCUGCAGGACUUCCCUGAUGACUGCUGGGUAUCCCUCAACCGCAUGGUGAAUGACUCCUGGGGGAAGCAGUAUUCCUAUGCGCUGUUCAAGGCAAUGAGUCACAUGCUCUGCAUUGGGUACGGGCAGCAGGCGCCCGUUGGCAUGUCAGAUGUGUGGCUCACUAUGCUGAGCAUGAUUGUCGGUGCCACCUGCUAUGCCAUGUUCAUCGGCCAUGCCACAGCCCUAAUCCAGUCUCUGGACUCCUCGCGGCGUCAGUACCAGGAGAAGUACAAGCAAGUGGAGCAGUAUAUGUCCUUCCACAAGCUCCCUGCAGACAUGCGACAGCGCAUCCAUGAUUACUACGAGCACCGCUACCAGGGGAAGAUGUUUGAUGAAGAGAGCAUCCUGGGAGAGCUGAGUGAGCCCCUCCGAGAGGUGAGGGAGGUGCAUGUUCCCACCAUCUCUGGCAGCUGUGCACUGUCCUGUCCCCAUGGCUUGCAGAGGCAGCAGUGCAGUAUGCAGACCCUGCCAUGUGCUCAUUGCAUGAAUGGUUGCAUCUUGGCAGUUCUUGAGCCCAUGGCAAUGUUGGAGAGGAGCAGCAAGUUACAAGACAGGUCAUGUCAGUGAGGAUAAGACAGCCACGUGCUUUGAAUCCUUUUAGGAGAGACUUUGCUUACUUUCAUAGCCCUGGCUGGCUAUAUAGCACACAGAAGUACCCUCUGCCCCUUUGUGUCCAUAAGGGCACUGUCAGAUCUCUCCAGCAGAUUCUGGUGGGGAUGUGGAGGUGAUUUUCACUCCCCUUCCUGCAGCGUUUGAUACUCCAAACUUUGCCCUUUUUGUUUGUACAACAGACAUAAGCAUCUUAAUCCUGCUGAGCUCUCCCUUCUUCAGUCACUCCUGUCCUUUAUUCCUAUGCAGUGUAAGGGUCUGUGGUCCUUGCACUGCAGAGUCAAUACUAUGAAUGAAUACCCUGGGAUUUUUGAGAAUGGCAUGAUGUCUAAAAGGGGAACCCUGGAAGAGAAGUCCCAGUAAGGAGAAGACAUAUGUUUCCCCUGCCCUCCUUCCUGCUCCAGUCAUCCAGAUCCUCCUCCUGUGCUUGACUGGGGAGCCUUGUGCUGGGUGAUGUACUCAGUAUCACUUUGCUGCCUUCUGAGUCUGAGCUGACAUGGCACAGAGCAGCUCCUGUGCAAUGGAAAAUGCUGUCAUACCCUCUGAGUGACACCAAGCCGCAGGAAGAGGCACAGUCCCCGUCUGCUCUGUGACA